AUGGCAAGACGACGGGCUUCCAAUGCCUCCACGCCGCACUCGCCCACGACAGAGCGAGAGUCCUUAUGGAGGACACUGACGCGUCAGUCUACCUUUUCUGAGAGCCAGCGAGAAAGAGAUCGGUAUGAUAUCGGUGACGAUGACGAGACUGACCAAGUUUACCCCGAGUGGGAAUUGAAAUCAGAAGUACAGGCGAGAUACGCGAAAGAUCAAGCUAGCAAUCUGAAGGAUCGGAAGCUUGGUGUGACCUGGAGGAACCUAACAGUCUACGGCGAAGGCGAGCAUGCCGCUGUCCACGAAAAUGUCCUUUCUCAAUUCAACAUUCCCACCAAAAUCGCCGAAGGUCGACGGGCGAAGUCUACUGACACUAGAAAGACAAUCAUUCAGGAUGCACACGGCUGCAUGAAGCCAGGUGAAAUGCUUCUUGUUCUCGGUCGCCCAGGCGCAGGUUGUACCACACUCUUAAACAUGCUUGCGAACCGACGUUUUGGCUAUGCCGAAGUGACUGGUGAUGUCCAUUGGGGUUCCAUGGACAACAAUGAGGUUCUACAAUAUCGUGGGCAGGUUGUCAUGAAUACCGAGGAAGAAAUUCACUUCCCUACAUUGACAGUGGGGCAGACCAUGGACUUUGCUACUCGUAUGAAAGUUCCAGCUCAGCGGCCAUCCGACUUGCAAUCACCUGCAGAGUAUCAAAAAUCAGUGAAAGAGUUUCUGCUUCGGUCUAUGGGCAUUGAACACACCAAUGAUACCAAAGUCGGUAACGAAUAUGUUCGAGGUGUCUCAGGAGGUGAAAGGAAACGAGUCUCCAUUACUGAGACGAUGGCUGCAAGAGGAAGUGUGUACUGCUGGGACAAUAGUACUAGAGGUCUUGACGCAAGUACUGCUCUAGAGUGGACUCGUGCCAUUAGAGCUAUGACAGAUGUGCUUGGUCUCGCCACAAUUGCGACUCUUUAUCAAGCUGGCAAUGGCAUCUACAACUUGUUCGACAAGGUGCUGGUCUUGGAUGAAGGAAGAGAAAUUUUCUUUGGAGAGCGAGAGGCGGCUCGCCCGUUCAUGGAAGAAUUGGGAUUUCUCUGUGACGACUCUGCGAACGUCGCUGAUUUUCUCACUGGCGUCACUGUCCCAACCGAGAGAGCCAUUAAGCCUGAUUUUGAAGAUUCCUUCCCAAGGACUGCCGCAGCCAUCCAGGCGCAAUACCACAACUCUCUUAUCAAGAAGCGAAUGGAGGCCUCAUAUGACUUUGCCGCCUCUGAAGAUGCGAAGAAAUACACUGCCGAAUUUAAGGCAGCAAUUAAGCAAGACAAGCACAAGAGUCUUCCCAAGAAGUCACCAUUGACCACGCCGAUCACAGUGCAGAUCCUCAAUUGUAUCAUCCGACAAUAUCAGAUCAUUUGGGGAGACAAAGCGACGUUCUUCAUUAAACAGAUCUCCGGCCUCAUUCAAGCACUCGUUGCCGGGUCGCUCUUCUACAACGCGCCCGAUACCUCGGCUGGACUGUUCGUCAAGGGUGGAGCAUUAUUCUAUGCAUUGCUUUACAACUCGCUGGUAGCGAUGAGCGAAACCACAGAUUCUUUCACCGGUCGGCCAGUGCUGGCUAAGCACAAAGAGUUUGCCUUUUACCACCCUGCUGCGUUCUGCAUUGCCCAGAUUGCAGCAGAUUUGCCGAUUUUGGUGCUUCAAGUCUCUGUUUUUGGUAUCAUCCUGUACUUUAUGGUUGGCCUUAAGACCACUGCGGCUGCUUUCUUUACAUUCUGGAUCAUUACCUAUACAGCCGCAAUCGCCAUGACAGCCUUCUUCAGGCUGGUUGGUGCUGCUUUCCCUACAUUCGAUGCCGCUUCCAAGGUGUCAGGUUUCGCGGUAUCGGCCCUAUUGACAUAUAUGGGAUAUGAGAUUCGAAAGCCAGAUAUGCACCCGUGGUUUGUGUGGAUAUACUGGAUCAACCCAUUGGCGUACGCGUUUGAGUCUUUGCUGGCAAACGAGUUUCACGGUCAGAUCAUUCCUUGCGCAGCGAACAAUUUGGUUCCGAGUGGGCCGGGAUACUCCGAUGAUAGCUUUGCUGCUUGUACAGGUGUGGGAGGCGCUGCUCCCGGGGCUUCAUUUGUGACAGGUGACCAAUAUCUGUCUUAUCUAUCUUAUUCCCACUCUCACCUGUGGAGGAACUUGGGUAUCCUUUGGGCUUGGUGGGCAUUAUUUGCUGGUCUAACAAUCUUCUACACUAAUCGUUGGCUGCCAUCUUCUGGCGGAAGAAUGCUGCUGGUCCCGAGAGAGCUUAAGGCGCAAAGUCGGCUGCUCGCAAACGACGAAGAAUCACAAACCAAGGAAAAGGUCGUCACCAGCUCUUCGAAUACAAGUACUACGGAUGAGGAGAAGAAGAACAAGGACCUGGAAGAUUCCCUGAUCAAGAACACUUCGGUAUUCACUUGGAAAGACCUUAGCUACACGGUCAGGACACCAUCUGGGGAUAGGUUACUCCUGGAUAACGUCCAAGGCUGGAUCAAGCCUGGCAAACUGGGAGCUUUGAUGGGGUCAUCCGGUGCCGGAAAGACUACACUGAUGGAUGUUCUUGCUCAGAGGAAGACCGAGGGUACAAUCCGAGGCAGUAUCAUGGUUGAUGGACGGGAUCUUCCCGUGUCGUUCCAAAGAUCUGCAGGCUACUGUGAACAACUCGAUGUCCACGAGCCAUACGCCACCGUGCGUGAAGCCCUUGAGUUCUCGGCAUUAUUGCGACAAAGUCGAGAGGCCCCACGGGAAGAAAAGCUCCGCUAUGUCGAUACAGUGAUUGACCUACUAGAGUUGCACGACCUCGAGAACUCGCUUAUCGGCCGCGUCGGAGCAGGACUUUCCGUUGAGCAGAGAAAACGAGUCACGAUCGGGGUGGAGCUGGUUGCGAAGCCUAGUAUCCUGAUCUUCCUGGAUGAGCCAACCUCCGGUCUCGAUGGACAAGCCGCCUUCAAUACUCUCCGGUUCCUCAAAAAGCUAGCCGCUGCAGGCCAGGCUGUGCUAUGCACGAUCCACCAGCCUAGUGCCCAGCUCUUUGCUCAAUUUGACACAUUACUGCUCCUCGCCCGCGGUGGUAAGACGGUAUACUUUGGUGACAUUGGCGAGAAUGCCUCGACCAUUAAAGAAUAUUUCGACCGUAAUGGAGCCCCCUGCCCGGCUGACGCCAACCCGGCGGAGCACAUGAUCGACGUCGUCUCUGGCAGCCUGUCCAAAGGGCGUGACUGGUCGAAAGUCUGGCUCGAAUCUGACGAGCACACCAAAGUAGUGAAGGAGCUAGACAGCAUCAUCCAGGACGCAGCGUCAAAACCAGUCGGCACGGUGGACGACGGCUACGAAUUCGCGGCACCGAUAAUCGAACAGACUAAACUGGUAACCCGUCGCAUGAAUAUUGCUCUCUACCGCAAUACCGAGUACGUCAUGAACAAGGUCAUGCUUCACAUCGGCACCGCACUGUUCAACGGGUUCUCCUUCUGGAUGAUUGGCAACAGCGUCGGCGACCUACAGCUCACUCUCUUCGCGCUGUUCAACUUCAUCUUCGUCGCCCCUGGCGUCAUCGCGCAGCUCCAGCCGCUCUUCAUUGAUAGGCGCGAUAUCUACGAGGCGCGGGAGAAGAAGUCCAAGAUGUACCACUGGGGGCCGUUCGUGACGGGCCUAAUCGUGUCCGAGCUGCCGUAUCUCGUCAUCUGCGCCGUUCUCUACUUUGUGUGUUUCUACUACACCUCGGGACUUCCCAAUUCGUCCUCCAAGGCUGGCGGCGUCUUCUUCGUUAUGCUGAUGUACGAGUUCAUGUACACGGGCAUCGGGCAAUUCGUCGCCGCAUAUGCACCAAACGCCGUGUUCGCCUCGCUGGUGAACCCUCUGCUCAUCGGCGUGAUGGCCUCGUUCUGUGGCGUGCUCGUGCCCUACUCCCAGAUCCAGCCUUUCUGGCGCUACUGGCUGUACUACCUAGACCCGUUCAACUAUCUCAUGGGCUCACUGUUGACCUUCACGCUGUUCGACAAGCCGAUCCGCUGCAAGGAGAGCGAGCUGGCCAUCUUCGACACCCCCAGCGGCCAGUCUUGCAGCGCAUACCUGCAGGACUUCAUGCAGGGCAUGGGCGCCAGGAUGAACUUGACGAACCCCGAUGCCACCAGCCAAUGCCGGGUGUGCCAGUACUCCGUCGGUGCGGACUAUCUGUAUACGCUGGAUCUCAAGGACUACUACUAUGGCUGGCGCGAUGCGGCGAUUGUGGUUAUCUUUGUUAUCAGCAGUUACGCUCUGGUCUAUGUCAUGAUGAAAUUGAGGACCAAGACGUCGAAGAAGGCCGAGUAG